GCAACAGUCCUAAUUAAGUUCCUGAAUCCACAUCCACCAUUCGCAUUCAGAGCUCGCGCCCAAUUCGCCUCUUCUCUCUCCUCUCCUCUCCGCGUCCCUCUUCCCCCCUUCUCAAUCCAUCCCUCUCCCUCUCUAUCUCCAUCCCUCACCGUUCAUUCGUUUUUUUGAUCACUUUUUCCGAUUUCAAUCAGAUUCUCGGUGCAAAACCAAGACGUACUCGAACCCGACUCAAAUCUUUUGGGAUCCAUUUGUCCAGGUAACUCGGUAUGUAAUUGUUUGAGCCAGUAUUUGCUAGAGUUUUGAAGCAACACUAAUAUGGAAGAAGAAGAAGAAACAAAAGAAUUUAUGGAAAUUUCCACAAAGGAUUCAGAUGGUCAUGAAGUUGUCAGCGGCAUGCAGGAAAGUAUGGGAUCGUCUUAUCAAGAAAAUAGCAAUACUGACCCUGGCAUUGACACUGAGAUUGGAGAUAAAAAUGUAGACGUGGAUGGAGUUGAUUCUGUGACUACAGUUGUAGAUGAAGAACAGUUUGAGCAAGUAUCUUUGAAGGAUCAUGAGAAGUUUGCUGGUGAAUCUCAGGGCGUUGAUGUUGAUUCAAACUGGUCUUCAAAUUCAGAUAAUGUGAAAAGCUCAUCUGAUCAAUUUGAAGAUGCAUCUCGAUUAUCAGGCACAUUCGGGGUAGAAACUAAUUUUUCUGCAGUUUCUGAGAUGAAAGAUGAUCACACUAUAUCUGGCCCUGGGCGAGAGAAACACUUAACUCAAACAAUAAAGCAAUCUUCCUCGUCGACUAGUCUUGAUUCUUCUGGAUACAUGGAUGCGGUAUAUUCUCCCAUGAGUUCACCGCCAAAGCCCAGACCAAAAGCUGUUAUGCCUAACGUCUCUCCUGAGUUGUUGCAUUUAGUUGAUUCCACAAUUAUGGGGAAGCCUGAAAGUCUGGAAAAAUUAAAGAAUAUUGUAAGUGGUGAGGAGAAUUUUGGAAGUGGGGAUGAAAUGGAUGGAAUUGCUUUCCUGGUAGUUGAUUCGCUUCUCGCAACAAUGGGUGGUGUUGAAAGUUUUGAAGAGGAUGAGGACAACAACCCUCCUAGUGUUAUGCUAAACUCUCGGGCUGCCAUAGUGGCAGGUGAUCUCAUUCCUUCGCUUCCUUGUGCAGGUGAUAGCAAGGUUAGCAUGUCGCCUAGGACACGGAUGGUUAGAGGAUUGCUUGCUAUAUUACGGGCUUGCACUAGAAACAGAGCAAUGUGCUCCAUGGCUGGUUUGUUAGGAGUUCUUCUAAGCUCGGCAGAGAAUAUUUUUGUGAAGGAGGUUGGUUCAACUGAGAAAAUGAAAUGGGAUGGAACUCCUUUAUGCUACUGCAUCCAAUACUUAGCUGGGCAUUCUCUUAGUGUUGUUGAUUUGCAUGGAUGGUUGAGAGUCAUUACAAGAACACUUACCACUGUAUGGGCUACUCACUUAAUGCUUUCACUGGAGAAAGCAAUGGGUGGAAAGGAGUCAAGGGGGCCAGCGCGUACAUUCGAGUUUGAUGGUGAAAGCUCUGGUUUGCUUGGACCAGGUGAGAGUCGUUGGCCAUUCACCAAUGGUUAUGCAUUUGCAACGUGGAUCUAUAUUGAAUCAUUUGCAGACACGUUGAAUACCGCCACUGCUGCUGCUGCAAUCGCUGCUGCUGCAGCGGCCAAGUCUGGAAAAUCAUCAGCUAUGUCAGCUGCUGCUGCUGCUAGUGCACUUGCUGGUGAAGGCACGGCACACAUGCCGCGGCUUUUCAGUUUCUUAUCUGCUGAUAGUCAGGGGGUAGAGGCAUACUUUCAUGCGCAGUUUUUAGUGGUUGAAUGUGGUAGUGGAAAGGGAAAGAAGGCUUCUUUGCAUUUUACUCAUGCGUUUAAGCCGCAGUGCUGGUACUUUAUUGGUCUGGAGCAUACUUGCAGGCAUGGGCUACUUGGGAAAUCGGAGAGUGAACUGAGACUGUAUAUUGAUGGAGCCCUCUAUGAAAGUCGUCCUUUUGAUUUCCCUCGGAUAUCCAAAUCACUUGCAUUUUGUUGUAUUGGUACUAACCCCCCUCCUACUAUUGCUGGUUUACAACGUCGGCGUCGUCAGUGCCCUUUAUUUGCUGAGAUGGGGCCUAUUUAUAUCUUCAAGGAGCCAAUUGGUCCAGAAAGGAUGGCACGUUUAGCUUCUAGAGGAGGGGAUGUGCUGCCUUCUUUUGGUAAUGGAGCAGGAUUACCAUGGUUAGCGACAAAUGACCAUGUCCAAAGCAUGGCAGAGGAAAGUUCCCUUUUGGAUGCAGAAAUUGGUGGAUACAUUCACCUUCUCUAUCACCCCGGCUUGCUGAGUGGGAGAUUCUGUCCAGAUGCUUCUCCAUCUGGUGCUGCAGGCAUCCUUCGACGACCAGCCGAGGUUCUUGGGCAAGUCCAUGUUGCUACACGAAUGCGACCAGUGGAGGCUUUGUGGGCCUUGGCCUAUGGUGGCCCCAUGUCUUUGCUUCCACUGACGGUAAGUGAUGUUGAUAAAGAUAGCCUAGAUCCACGACCGGGGAAUCUUCCCUUUUCAUUGGCCACUGCUACUCUUGCUGCCCCAAUAUUCCGUAUUAUUUCUAUGGCUGUCCAUCACCCUUGGAACAAUGAAGAGCUGUGUCGUACCCGAGGGCCUGAGGUUCUGUCAAGAAUCUUGAAUUAUCUUUUGCAGACUUUAUCUUUUCUUGAUGCUGGAAAGCCUGAUGGUGUUGGAAAUGAGGAACUAGUUGCAGCCAUUGUCUCCCUUUGUCAAUCUCAAAAGAUUAAUCAUGCUCUCAAAGUGCAGCUUUUCAGCAUGCUGCUAUUGGAUCUGAAAAUUUGGAGCUUAUGCAACUAUGGACUGCAAAAGAAGCUUCUAUCAUCACUUGCAGACAUGGUAUUCACAGAGUCAUCAGUAAUGAGAGAUGCAAAUGCCAUUCAGAUGCUUCUAGAUGGCUGCAGAAGAUGCUAUUGGACGGUUUCUGAAAAGGACUCGGUGAAUACUUUUUCUCUAGAUGAUGCAACGCGUCCAGUCGGUGAAGUGAAUGCUUUGGUUGAUGAGCUCCUAGUGAUUAUUGAACUUCUAGUUGGAGCAGCACCUAUUUCUAUGGCUUCGGAUGAUGUCCGUUGUUUGCUAGGGUUCUUGGUUGACUGCCCACAACCCAAUCAGGUUGCUAGGGUAUUGCAUCUGAUGUAUCGGUUGGUAGUACAGCCGAAUACAUCUCGAGCUCAAACAUUUGCAGAGGCCUUCCUUGCAUGUGGUGGGAUAGAGACCCUUCUUGUUCUGCUGCAACGGGAAGCUAAAGCUGGUGACUCUAGUGCAUUCGAAAGCAUGACUGAGAGUGAUGAAAGUCUGCCGGUCCAUAGACCUGAACUUGAUUGUAGUAGUGGGGUUCCUGAGAGAACUUGGGAUGAUGUGGAACCCACAGAGGAUAAGGAACCUGUUUCAGAUGAGAAAGAUUAUGGCUCUCAACCUCUCAAAAGUGGUAUCAGCCCUAUUGCCUUUUCCCCUGAUAUGAAAUUCGAAAGGAUGACCUCUGCUUCUGAGAAUGUUUUUAUUAAGGAUUUGGGUGGUAUAAGUCUAUCUAUUAGUGCUGACAAUGCUAGAAAUAAUGUUUACAAUGUUGACAAAACCGAUGGGAUUGUUGUGGGGAUCAUAGGGCUCUUAGGUGCUUUAGUAGCAUCUGGGCAUCUGAAAUUUGGUUCAGGUGCUUCGACGGAGAUAACAAACCACCUUUUCGGUAGUGGGCUGCAUGAUGGAAAUACUAUGUUUGAUGAUAAAGUUUCGCUUCUGUUUUAUGCUUUACAGAAAGCUUUCCAAGCGGCACCAAAUAGGCUCAUGACCAGCAAUGCAUACACAGCUUUACUGGGGGCUUCGAUUAAUGCUUCUUCGACCGAUGAUGGGCUGAACUUUUAUGAUUCUGGUCAUCGCUUUGAACAUUCACAAAUUUUGUUGGUUCUUUUGCGUUCACUUCCAUAUGCAUCUAGGAGCUUGCAAAUUCGAGCUCUACAGGAUCUUCUGUUUUUGGCUUGCAGUCAUCAUGAAAAUAGAAGCAGUUUGACAAAAAUGGAAGAAUGGCCAGAAUGGAUUCUGGAAAUUCUUAUCUCUAAUUAUGAGAUGCUUGCAGCCAAAAACUCUAAUUCUACAAGCUUAGGAGACAUAGAGGACAUCAUACACAACUUCUUGAUUAUCAUGUUAGAGCAUUCAAUGCGCCAGAAGGAUGGAUGGAAGGAUAUUGAAGCUACAAUUCAUUGUGCAGAAUGGCUUUCUAUUGUGGGUGGGUCUAGCACGGGAGACCAGCGGAUCAGACGCGAAGAAUCAUUGCCUAUAUUUAAAAGAAGGCUGUUGAGUGGCUUGCUGGACUUUGCUGCAAGAGAACUACAGGUUCAGCAGACUCAAGUUAUUGCAGCUGCUGCUGCUGGUGUUGCAGCUGAGGGUUUGUCACCAAAAGAUGCUAAAGCAGAAGCAGAGAAUGCUGCUCAACUUUCCGUGGCUCUGGUUGAGAAUGCAAUAGUUAUACUAAUGCUUGUUGAGGAUCAUUUACGGUUACAGGGCAAACUCUCCCGCGCUUCACGUGCUUCAGAUGGUUCUGCAUCUCCACUUUCUCUUGUGUCUCCUUUGAAUAACCACUCAAAUUCAUCAAAUACAACUGGCAGAGAAUCGUUAGAAGCUACAGGCAAUCGCAGAUCAUCUAGUGAUACUGGGGGGCUCCCUCUUGAUGUCCUUGCUUCAAUGGCUGAUGCAAAUGGGCAAAUUUCUGCAGUAGUGAUGGAACGCCUUACUGCAGCGGCAGCAGCUGAGCCUUAUGAGUCUGUUGCAUGUGCUUUUGUGUCAUACGGGAGUUGUGCUACGGAUGUAGCUGAGGGUUGGAAAUACAGGAGCCGAUUAUGGUAUGGUGUUGGCCUUCCUUCAAAUGAAACUGUCUUUGGUGGUGGUGGCAGUGGCUGGGAAUUUUGGAAAUCUGCUCUGGAAAAAGAUGCAAAUGGAAACUGGAUUGAACUUCCUCUUGUAAAGAAGUCUGUUGCAAUGCUUCAAGCUUUAUUGUUAGAUGAGUCUGGACUUGGUGGUGGUCUUGGUAUUGGUGGGGGAUCUGGUACUGGAAUGGGAGGAAUGACAUUGCUUUACCAGUUACUGGACAGUGACCAACCUUUCUUGUGCAUGCUCCGGAUGGUGCUUCUUUCAAUGAGGGAAGAAGAUGAUGGCGAAGACACUAUGCUUAUGAGGAAUGUAGGCAUAGAGGAAGGCAUGCCAGAAGGAAGGAAACCGCGCUCAGCUUUGUUGUGGAGUGUGCUUUCACCCGUCCUAAACAUGCCAAUUUCCGAUUCCAAGAGACAAAGAGUGUUGGUAGCAUCUUGUGUUCUUUAUUCUGAGGUAUGGCAUGCUGUUGGUAGGGACGGAAAGCCUCUUCGCAAGUGGUACCUUGAGGCUAUUUUACCGCCAUUUGUUGGCAUUCUGAGGAGGUGGCGACCACUUUUGGCUGGUAUUCAUGAACUUGCAACUGCUGAUGGUUUGAAUCCUCUUAUUGUUGAUGACCGUGCUUUGGCUGCUGAUGCCCUGCCAAUAGAGGCUGCUCUUGCCAUGAUAUCUCCAGCUUGGGCUGCUGCUUUUGCAUCACCUCCUGCUGCAAUGGCAUUGGCAAUGAUCGCUGCUGGUGCUUCUGGUGGUGAAAUAUCAGUUCCUGCAACACCUUCACAGCUUAGGCGUGACUCCUCACUGCUUGAGAGGAAAACAGUUAGGCUACAUACAUUUUCGAGCUUUCAAAAACCUUUGGAGAUGCCUAACAAAUCACCUGAUCUUGCUAAGGACAAAGCUGCUGCAAAAGCGGCUGCCUUGGUUGCUGCACGUGAUCUUGAACGCAAUGCAAAGAUUGGUUCUGGAAGGGGUCUUAGUGCUGUGGCAAUGGCCACUUCUGCACAACGAAGGAAUGCCAGUGACAUGGAACGUGUGAAGAGAUGGAAUGUCUGUGAAGCCAUGGGAGUUGCCUGGAUGGAAUGUUUGCAACCAGUUGAUACAAGAUCAGUUUAUGGGAAAGAUUUUAAUGCUCUUUCCUACAAAUUUAUAGCUGUCCUUGUUGCAAGCUUUGCUCUAGCAAGGAACAUGCAACGAUCAGAGAUUGAUAGGCGUGCACAAGUUGAUGUAGUAGCCCGUCAUCGUUUAUCAACUGGAAUUCGUGCAUGGUGCAAACUUGUCUUUUGCUUGAUAGAUAUGAAAUGUCUCUUUGGAUCUUUUGGGGAUCAUUUAUGCAGCCCUACGCGUGUUUUUUGGAAGCUAGACUUAAUGGAAACUUCUUCAAGGAUGAGACCUUGUUUGAGGAGGAACUAUAAAGGGUCUGAUCACUUUGGUGUCACUGCCAAUUAUGAGGAUCAUAUUGCAAUGAAACAGGAUGAACAGAACGUCCUAAAUUCAUCAAAUGCUCCUAUUCUGGCCGCAGAGGCCAUUUCAAUGGAGCCUGUCAAUGAAGAAGAUGAACAAGUGGAAAUUGAUCAGUUGGAUGUCAGGAGGGCCCAUGAAACAGAACAAAGUGCAGAUAAUCAGCCAAGACCUUCUGGAACAGCUGAGCAAACCCUGCAGGCAUCUCUAGAGAGUAAGAGUCAACUUGCUUUUGACCACCAAGACUUGGUCCAAAGUUCAUCAGCAGUUGCACCUGGGUAUGUUCCCAGUGAACUUGAUGAAAGAAUUGUUCUUGAGCUUUCCUCAUCCAUGGUCCGGCCAUUGAGAGUUAUAAAAGGGACAUUUCAAGUAACAAAUAGGAGAAUAAAUUUUAUGGUUGAUAAUAGUGAGAGCAACACUACAGCAGAUGGGUCUGAAUGCAGUUCGGCAUUGAGAGACCAAGAAAAGGAUCAUAGCUGGUUGAUCUCUUCUCUUCAUCAAAUGUAUAGUCGAAGAUAUCUUCUAAGGAGGAGUGCUUUGGAACUGUUUAUGGUUGACCGCUCAAAUUUCUUUUUUGAUUUCGGGAGUGUUGAGGGCCGAAGAAAUGCAUAUCGAGCUAUUGUUCAAGCACGUCCUCCUCAUUUGAACAAUAUAUAUCUGGCGACUCAGAGACCUGACCAACUCCUGAAAAGAACUCAGCUCAUGGAACGUUGGGCAAGGUGGGAGAUCAGCAAUUUUGAAUAUCUAAUGCAACUAAAUACGUUGGCUGGGCGUAGUUAUAAUGACAUCACACAGUAUCCAGUUUUCCCUUGGAUAAUUUCUGACUACAGUUCAAAGAAUUUGGAUCUUGAUGAUCCUUCUUCUUAUCGAGAUCUUUCAAAGCCUGUUGGUGCAUUGAAUCCUGAUCGUCUUAGAAAAUUCCAAGAGAGAUAUUCUAGUUUUGAGGAUCCCACCAUCCCCAAAUUCCAUUACGGUUCACACUACUCGAGUGCUGGAACAGUUUUAUAUUACCUUGUUAGAGUUGAACCAUUUACAACUCUCUCGAUUCAAUUGCAAGGUGGCAAAUUUGAUCAUGCAGAUAGGAUGUUUUCAGAUAUUGCUGCUACAUGGAAUGGAGUUCUUGAGGAUAUGAGUGAUGUGAAGGAAUUGGUUCCUGAGCUGUUCUACCUUCCUGAGAUCUUGACCAAUGAAAAUGCAAUUGAUUUUGGUACAACACAAUUAGGUGGACAGCUUGAUUCUGUUAAACUUCCUCCUUGGGCUGCAAAUCCAAUUGAUUUCAUUCAUAAGCAUCGGAUGGCUCUUGAGAGUGAGCAUGUAUCUGCUCAUUUACAUGAGUGGAUUGAUCUUUUAUUUGGGUAUAAGCAACGAGGCAAAGAAGCUAUAUUGGCAAAUAAUGUGUUUUUUUACAUCACCUAUGAAGGAACAGUUGAUAUUGAUAAGAUUUUGGACCCAGUACAACAGCGUGCUACACAAGACCAGAUCGCAUACUUUGGACAAACCCCAUCCCAACUUUUGAUUGUCCCCCACUUGAAGAAGUUGCCAUUAGCUGAUGUUCUUCACUUGCAGACCAUCUUUCGCAAUCCAAAUGAAGUCAAACCAUAUGUAGUUCCAGCACCUGAACGCUGCAAUCUACCUGCGGCUGCCAUUCAUGCUUCUUCAGAUUCUGUUGUAAUUGUUGACAUCAAUGCACCAGCAGCACACAUUGCACAGCACAAGUGGCAGCCCAACACCCCUGAUGGCCAGGGUACACCAUUCCUCUUUCAACAUGGAAGGGCCUCGGCAAGCUCCACUGGUGGAACACUUAUGCGCAUGUUUAAAGGACCAGCUGGAUCUGGGGCUGAUGAGUGGCAAUUUCCCCAAGCUCUAGCAUUUGCUACUUCUGGGAUCAGAAGCUCAGCUAUUGUUGCAAUUACAUGUGACAAAGAAAUUAUUACUGGUGGACACGCGGAUAAUAGUAUCCACCUAAUUUCAUCAGAUGGAGCAAAGACCUUAGAAACAGCACAUGGGCACUGUGCUCCAGUCACUUGCCUUGGUCUUUCACCUGAUAGCAAUUACCUUGUGACUGGAUCCAGGGACACGACAGUAUUACUUUGGAGAAUACAUAGAGUAUUUACUUCUCAUUCAAGCAACAUAUCGGAGUCUUCCACUGGGACAGGCACAUCAACAUCAACCGGCAGUACUACUCUAUCAAGCACGUUGUCAGACAAAAGCCGGAGGCGUUGUAUCGAAGGUCCCUUGCAUGUUCUUCGCGGCCACCACAGGGAAAUACUCAGUUGUUGUGUCAGCUCAGAUCUUGGAGUUGUUGUUUCAUGCUCCCCUUCUUCAGAUGUUCUUUUGCAUUCUAUAAGAAGGGGUCGUUUGAUGAGAAGGCUGGCCGGCGUGGAGGCCCAUGCUGUCUGCCUUUCAUCUAAGGGGGUUGUAAUGGCUUGGAAUAAAUCACUAGAAACUCUCAGUACAUUCUCUCUUAAUGGGGUUUUGAUUGCCAAAGCACCACUUCGUUUCUCUGGCAGUGUCUGUUGCAUGGAAAUUUCUGUGGACGGGGAGAGUGCUUUAAUUGGAAUGAACUCAUGUUUGGAAAACGAUAGCUGGGAUUUGAAGUUAAAGAAGCCUGGGACUGAAGACCUUGAUCUAGAUUCAGAUGAAACUGCAAAAAAUAACAGAUUGUAUAUUCCAUCACCUUCAAUUUGCUUCCUGGAUCUGCAUACUCUUAAGGUAUCUCAUAUAAUGAAGCUGGGAGAAGGACAAGAUAUUACUGCCCUGGCUCUAAAUAAGGAUAACACAAAUCUUUUGGUGUCAACUGCAGAUAGACAGUUGAUAGUAUUCACCGAUCCAGCUUUGAGUUUGAAAGUGUUGGAUCACAUGCUCAAGCUUGGUUGGGAAGGCGAUGGGCUCAGCCCUCUUAUGAAGUCGUAGGUGUAGGCCAUUGAAUUUUUUGAGUCACCGGAAAAAUGAACACAGGAGACAAAAGUGAAUACUAUUAUGCCACGUGGACAGAUAUUGCAAGGGACAUAUGUUGGCUGCCUUGCUCAAAAUCAAGUCAAUUUCAUGACCUAGUUUUGAAGCUGUCUAUGUGGGUGUAACCAUAAAAUUAGAAUACCAGAAUAUGCAGAAGAGAGAGAGUGCCAGGUUAUUAGAUUUACUGCAGGCUUUGUCUUUAGUUUAUUAUUCGGUUGAAUAAAAAGUACGCUGUCAUUGAGAUUUGUGAGCUCUAAAGCUUUUGACAUCAGAGCUGUUCAUUUUUGUCCCGUCGACUUUUUUGGUAGAAAAUCGGAAUGAAAAUAUCGUGAUACAGGGUUCUUUGUAUUCCUUUCCA